CCGCAAAGGGACGCCGAAGGCGAAGGCUGCCACUGAAGACGGGCGCGCGGGUCGAAACGUCUGCUGCCAUACCCUCCACCGCAUCUCCUCUCACAGUUAUCCGGUUUCCGGCGGCUGACAUGCGGCGAGCGACGGCGGCGGCUGUGCUGGUGGCCAUGGCGGCGUUGAUGACGCGGCCGUGGACGGCGCGCGCCUUCCCAGACGGCGCUCCCGUGGACGCGUGUGUGAAGCCACGCCCCAACCAGCCAUACCACGGACAAGCUCGGCCCGGGGACCCGCGAGACAACCCCUUCUCCAUCGUCGCCUCGGACGAUCGCUACGGCCCUGGAUCCAAGAUAACCGUGACCAUCGAGGGCGGCCGCGGCGAGCCCUUCCGGGGCUUCUUCGUGCAGGCGCGCGACGCGGCCACGGGGGCGUGGCUGGGCACGUGGGAGGAGAACCCGCCUUACACCAACGGGCUGCCCGAGUGCGCUGCCAUCACGCACGGAGACAACCGGGACAAGGCGCGGGUCACGCUCACAUGGCAGGCGCCGAGGGACGCAGGCGACGGCGGCCAGGUCUACUUCACGGGCUCGGUGGUGCAGGAUUACGCGACCUUUUGGGUCGACAUCGUCUCCAGGGUAGCGUGAGCGACGGUCGAGUCCCGUCACGUCAUCGCCUACGUCAGAGCUGCCGUCCCGCCAAUCACAAGCCAAAGCCGCCACCGCCUGACCAAUCACAGUCGACCACGUUUCCACCACUGUGUCACUGCAGAGCCUAACACACACACACACACACACACACACACUUUAUGGAAGUUACUAUGGAGCGACAAUUGGCGUCUGUAGCUUAUUGAUAGUGAGCGUAAAUACUUGAUUGCAUCACUGCAAAAUACAGCCAAUGCGUAACCGGGAAUCUCUUCAACUAAUUGCUUCCUUUUGGAAGAAUAGGCGCUGAAAUAUGUCAGUGCUGUCGAAGCCCACAGAUCUUACAGCCACAGAUUCUCUUGAAUGUUUCUCUAAACCUCAAUACAUCAUUUCUUAAACCCAACAAUGAUAUUAGAAAUUGUGAGGUGUGUGAGAAAAGUACCGAAAUUGAGUUUUUAUCUACCAAUGCUCUCAUUCUUUUCAAACAACAAGCUCCUUUAACACAUCCUUCACAUUGUUUUGUAUGUUUUACAGAGACCCAAAAUGACGUCCUUGAUCUUUGGCUUGCUCAUUCAAGUUUUUAGCGGCAGAGGAGAUAUCUCGGUGUGCCACUCCUUACAUUGCCGCUUUGUCUCACAGUCACACUCAAAGGUCCAGGGUUCAUCACCUGUGAUCACCCGACCGAACCAUUCGUGGUCAUUGUCUGUCCUCUCAAGAAGAUCAAGACACACAUUUCUCCGAUUUCUUCUGCAGACAAAGUAUCUCAUUACGCCAUGUACAGUUCUCGAAUUUCUUCAGCUGUUUGUCUCACAUUCUUCUGAUACAGGCAAUCCCGUUCGAUCAAUUUAGGAUCUCAGUUCAGAAAUGCGUAUAUAUCGACUGUCCAUUCACUUCAUCUGUAUAAAUAAUUCAGUUUCCUGGAAUAUCAGUCUCCAAUAUUUUUCAUGUUCUCUUUAUUAUUGCAUGGAGAUACUGCAUUCAGUCUGAUGUGUUUACUCUCUUAUUAAUGAUGUCACUACUUCCGUUUGUUUGAGUUUUUGUUCAGGACAUCUGAUGUCUACUUCUAUAUUGUUAGGCAAUGCUUUUAACUAAUCAGUGUAUUUUUUUUAUCCCAGGCUCAAUGUCUUCCUCCAUAACAAAUUUGAUUUAUCCUGCAGAGAAUCCAGAAGAGAUAGUAUACGACUCAGUCUAUCACCUUGUAUGACCCUAGCUUAUGGCAUAAAAGAAUAUUGAAAUUUCAUUCACAGUAAUCAUAAAUGGUUUUGCAAGCAUUUACUCCACUGGGGCACUUCUCAUGUUACUGAUUCAAAGCCAACAAAUCAUUGGCCUCUAAAAGGCGGUCACCAGCCCAAAUAAUCGGCGCGUUGACAGUUGAAUUACAAAAACGUUGCCAUAACUAAAAAUGUAAAUAUAUCUAAACUUAUGCAAUAUAGUAAUUCGUUUGAUGCAAAAGGGGAGAACUCCCUACUUGCUUACUACAAGUUUCUCACCACUAGAAGUCGGUGGCUAUCGGCACCAUGAGUAUUAACCAGCCACAGAGAGGCUAUCGUUCUGCGUUUCAGAAUGUACAUUCAAUUUGCAUGUAACCCUUUAACAUAAGUAUGUAAUAUGUUAUGUGAACAACUGUUUUUGUAUUGUGUUCUUAUUUAACUUGUGUAGUCUUUUUGAGUGAUCCACACAAUAAAAAGGAAUGGAUGUUUACAAAUAUUAA